AGCAACUUGUCUUUCUACAGUACCAUCUUCUCGCUUUCCUUUUCUUCAGCCUCUUUAUCUCCUAGCUUUGCUAAAAGAAACUUGGCCUAGAGGAAUUCAGAAAGCAAAGCCAAAGGAACAAUUUUGUAGCAGAAAUUCAACCUUGCAUCUCUCUUGGAAAAGGAAAGAAAAGCAGAUAAAAGAGGAGAAAGAAAAGGAGAGUCUUAGUGUUUUUUUCCUUACUUGUAUUUGAAGACUCGUUUUCUGUGAAGAUGUUUGAUUCCUUAAGCCCAAACACACUUGAAGAAGUUCAUCAUAUUAUUCCUCUGCCUUCUUUAGCUCCUCACUUUGCUGAAGAAUCCAUUAUUGCAAAGCUGCUUAAAACCCCUGCUCUUUGCUUCCUGUUCUUCCAAACUCAAUUCUCUUGAAACAAUUCUGGGAAAACAAACAAUGUUGUUUUUCAUUGUUUUUACAUUCUUCUCUCUUCUGGGUUCCUCUUCUUCCCACAGUUUGGUCAGUGAUUUCCAUGUUUUGCUUGCUCUCAAACAAGGGUUUGAAUUCUCUGACUCUCCUGCACUGAGCACUUGGACUGCCUCGAAUUUCAGCUCGGUUUGUUCAUGGAUUGGAAUUCGGUGCUCCGACGAACGAGUUGUUUCGGUUGACUUGACAGAUUUGGGCCUUGGUGGCUCUGUUUCGCCUCUGAUUUCUAGGCUCGACCAGCUUUCUGAGUUGUCUGUUGCAGGAAACAACUUCACUGGUAGCAUUGAGGUUGUGAGUUUGAGUUACCUCCGAUUCCUUAAUAUCUCGAACAACCAGUUCAGCGGGGCGCUGGACUGGAACUUUUCGAGCGUGCCGAAUUUGGAAGUGUUAGAUGCCUAUGACAACAACUUCACUGCUCAGCUUCCCACUGGGGUUUUGGACUUACAGAACCUCAAGUACUUGGACCUUGCAGGUAACUUUUUCUAUGGAAAAAUCCCAGAAAGCUAUGGCAGUUUAGAAGGGUUGGAAUAUCUCUCUCUUGCAGGGAACGAUUUGGAUGGUAAAAUCCCAGGUGAGUUGGGAAAUCUUAGAAAUUUGAGAGAACUUUACUUGGGACAUUACAAUGCAUUCGAAGGUGGUCUCCCGGCCGAGCUCGGGAAGUUGGUUAAUUUGGUUGUCAUGCAGAUUUCAGACUGCAGUUUGGAUGGUCAAAUUCCUCAUGAACUGGGGAAUUUGAAGGCCUUGAACACUCUAUAUUUGCAUACGAAUCUACUCUCGGGUUCGGUCCCAAAGCAGUUAGCCAACUUGACAAACUUGGUCUUUCUCGAUCUCUCCAACAAUGCGCUCACCGGAGAAAUCCCACCCGAGUUCGUUGAUCUCAGACAGCUCAAGCUUUUCAACCUCUUCAUGAACAAACUGCACGGAUCUAUUCCAGACUACAUAGCAGAUUUGCCAAACUUGGAGACCUUGGGGCUGUGGAUGAACAACUUCACCGGCACAAUCCCGAAGAAUCUCGGUCGAAAUGGGAGGCUUCAGCUCCUCGAUUUGUCGACGAACAAGCUCACGGGUACAAUUCCUCAGGAUUUGUGCACAUCAAAUCAGCUGAGAAUACUGAUUCUGAUGAACAACUUCCUGUUUGGGCCAAUCCCUGAUGGAUUGGGUACAUGUACAAGUCUUACAAAAGUGAGGCUGGGGCAGAACUAUCUUAAUGGAAGCAUUCCCAAUGGCUUCAUUUACUUGCCACAGCUAAAUCUAGCAGAGUUUCAAGACAAUUACCUUUCAGGUACAAUUUCAGAGAAUUGGGAGAGUUCUUCAAAACCCAUCAAAUUAGGGCAACUUAAUCUAUCCAACAAUCUUCUCUCUGGUACUCUACCAUUUUCACUCUCUAAUUUCUCUUCUCUGCAAAUUCUCCUCCUCAAUGGAAACCAGUUUUCUGGUUCGAUCCCCCCCUCCAUUGGAGAGCUCAAUCAACUUCUGAAGCUUGAUCUUAGCAGAAACUCACUUUCAGGCGAAAUUCCACCUGAAAUUGGGAGUUGUAUCCAUCUCACUUACCUUGAUUUGAGCAAGAACAACCUCUCUGGCCCGAUUCCACUUGAAAUUUCAAACGCACAUAUUCUGAAUUACCUCAAUUUGUCGAGAAAUCACCUGAAUCAAUCCCUACCGAAAUCGAUAGGGGCCAUGAAAAGCCUCACGAUUGCAGAUUUCUCCUUCAACGACUUCUCCGGUAAGCUGCCGGAAUCCGGACAGCUUGCGUUCUUCAACGCUUCGUCCUUCGCCGGAAAUCCUCAACUCUGCGGCUCGCUCCUCAACAAUCCCUGCAAUUUCGCGACAACCGCGACGAAACAAGGCAAAACUCCGGCGUAUUUCAAGCUAAUCUUCGCCCUCGGCCUGCUGAUUUGCUCUCUAGUGUUCGCCAUCGCUGCGAUCGUCAAAGCGAAAUCAUUCAAAAGAAACGGAUCUGGUUCUUGGAAAAUGACCUCAUUCCAAAAGCUGGAUUUCACCGUCUACGACGUCCUGGAAUGCGUGAAAGACGGGAACGUGAUCGGAAGAGGCGGCGCCGGCAUCGUGUACCACGGAAAAAUGCCGAACGGAGUAGAAAUCGCGGUGAAGAAACUCCUAGGGUUCGGCCCUAACAGCCACGACCACGGAUUCCGAGCCGAAAUCCAAACCCUAGGCAACAUUCGACACCGAAACAUCGUCAGAUUACUCGCAUUCUGCUCCAACAAGGAGACGAAUCUCCUCGUGUACGAAUACAUGAGGAACGGAAGCUUAGGCGAAGCCCUCCAUGGUAAAAAAGCUUCGUUCCUCGGAUGGAAUUUGAGGUACAAAAUCGCCAUUGAAGCCGCCAAAGGUCUCUGCUACCUCCACCACGAUUGCUCCCCACUAAUCGUCCACCGCGACGUGAAAUCCAACAACAUUCUGUUGAAUUCCAACUUCGAAGCUCACGUCGCCGACUUCGGGCUCGCAAAGUUCAUGUUUGACGGCGGCGCGUCGGAAUGCAUGUCGGUGAUCGCCGGAUCUUACGGCUACAUCGCUCCCGAAUAUGCAUACACAUUAAGAGUCGACGAGAAAAGCGACGUGUAUAGCUUUGGGAUUGUGCUACUAGAGCUCUUGACGGGACGUCGUCCAGUCGGAGAUUUUGGGGAAGGAGUGGUGGACAUAGCGCAAUGGUGCAAAAGAGCUAUAGCGAACGGCGAGAAAGAAAACGACAUAAUUUGCAUAGUUGACAAAAGAGUGGGGAUGAUACCAAAAGAAGAAGCAAAGCACUUAUUCUUCAUAGCAAUGUCAUGCGUACAAGAGAAUAGUGUGGAGAGACCAACGAUGAGAGAAGUUGUUCAAAUGCUAGCUGAGUUUCCUCACCAAUCAUCCAACUGUUACCAAUCUUCCUCCUCUUCUUCUCCCAUUCAAAAUAUGAAAAAAGGCGAAAAGGAAAAAGAAGACCAGUUGAAGUCGAAACCAGAUCUUUUGGUUUAAGAGAAAAGAAAAGUUAUGAUUUUUUUUCCUUUUUGGGGGGCUUUUAGGGUUUUAAUAUAUAGGUAAAGUUAGGGUUUAGUUCAUCUAUAUGUUCUUUGAAAUCUUUAGAAUAUUGUGUGUUAAAUGGGUUGUAAUUUUGAUAUGUAAAGGGUUUUCUCAAGUUGUUAAGUUAUUUUGGGUAAGAAAAUUAGUUAGUGAAAGGAGGGCAAAAUGGGUAGAAAGAAAGUGGGGUUGGGGUGAGAUAAAUAAACUAAUUAAAAGAGUGCACUUCUUUUAAAAGGAAUGGGUGGAAAAGCAAAUGCAAGCCCUAAUGAGGUCUUGCACAUUAGCUCUUGACUUUGUAUCAUAUUUUGAUCCUAGCAUCAAUACAUGUUACAUUAUUAAA